CACCAGAACUAUUUUUUACACCAGCACAAUAUGGUUAUGCAGUUGAUAUUUGGUCGGUGGGAUGCAUAUUUGCGGAAUUAAUGUUGCGAACGCCAUAUCUUCCAGGAGAUACGGAUCUCGGACAACUUGAACUGAUAUUUCAAGCGUUAGGAACGCCCACGGAAGAAGAUUGGCCGGGGUUUACUGAACUUUCAAAGUCAGUCCAAUUUCAAAAGUACAGUAGAACACCAUUGAAAACACUUUUUACUGCGGCAGGAAAUGAUGCAAUAGAUUUAUUGGAAAAGAUGUUAACAUUUGAUCCAAACAAAAGGAUCUCAGCGCGCGAGGCUUUACUUCACCCCUACUUUCGUAAUAAACCAAGGCCUACUACUCCAGUAAAAUUACCGAAGCAAGAGCAAAAAUUACAAAAUUCUAAAUGA